GUGUGCUCACUGGACAUGGCACCUGCCAGCACCUGCCACAGCCUCUCCUCCCACCCUCCCAUUAGGCCAUCCUCCCUCUCCGGCUCCUUCCAUCACCUCCUCCUGGGUCUCCCAGCUGCUGUCCCCAGUGGUCCUGAAGAGGUGGCUCUUAUGCUGGAUGAGAACCACCACCUGAUACAGUGCAUCCUGGACCAUCAGAGCAAGGGCAAGACGGCCGAGUGUGCCCAGUACCAGCAGAUCUUGCACCGGAACCUGGUCUACCUGGCCACGAUCGCGGACUCCAACCAGAACAUGCAGUCCCUGCUGCCCGCCCCGCCCACCCAGAACAUGAACCUGGGCCCCGGAGCGCUGUCCCAGAGCGGCGCCAGCCAGGGCCUGCACUCCCAGGGCAGCCUCAGUGAUGCCAUCAGCACUGGCCUGCCCCCCGCCUCCCUCAUGCAGGGCCAGAUCGGCAAUGGUCCAAACCACGUGACCCUGCAGCAGACGGCACAGAGCACGCUGCCCACAACCUCCAUGAGCAUGUCCGGCAGCGGCCACGGCUCAGGGCCCGGCUACAGCCACUCAGGACCCUCCUCGCAGAGCGUGCCCCUGCAGGGCCAAGGUGCCAUCAGCAACUACGUGUCACGGGCCAACAUCAACAUGCAGUCCAACCCAGUGUCCAUGAUGCAUCAGCAGGCUGCCUCGUCCCACUACAACUCGGCGCAGGGCGGGAGCCAGCACUACCAGGGCCAGCCCAUCGCCAUGAUGGGCCAGAGCGGGCAGGGGAGCAGCAUGAUGGGGCAGCGGCCCAUGGCGCCUUACCGGCCCUCCCAGCAAGGCUCGUCCCAGCAGUACCUGGGCCAGGAGGAGUACUACGGGGGCGAGCAGUACGGCCACGGCCAGGCAGCCUCGGAGCCGCUCAGCCAGCAGUACUACGCUGACGGGCACAGCGAUUAUGCCUAUCAGCAGUCAUCCUACUCGGAGCAGAGCUAUGACCGGUCCUUCGAGGAGUCCACGCAGCACUACUAUGAGGGCGGGAACUCGCAGUACAGCCAGCAGCAGGCGGGGUACCAGCAGGGCACAGCCCAGCAGCAGGCGGGGUACCAGCAGCAGUACCCCAACCAGCAGAGCUACCCGGGCCAGCAGCCGGGCUACGGGCCGGCCCAGGGAGCCCCCUCGCAGUAUUCCAGCUACCAGCAAGGACAAGGCCAACAGUACGGGAGCUACAGGACGUCACAGACCGGCCCGUCCGCGCAGCAGCAGCGGCCGUACGGCUACGAGCAGGGCCAGUAUGGAAAUUACCAGCAGUAAGGGACAGCGUUCUUGGUGGAGCCUUGUGGU